AGAGCGCAUGCUAUGACCCAAGUCUACGAACAAUGUCGGUCAUAUUUUGAAUGGCAUACACGGGGAAUAACUGCAACGUUGCCAUAUUGUGAAUGGCACAAACGCGAGAUGACAGUGGAGCUGCCAUAUUGUGUAUGGACUCUACAAGCUGUUGGAGCCAUCUUGUGUGUGGCAAACUGUUAGUAACAGGGAAGAAGAAGGGCGGUUUCCGGAUUGUUGUCAAAUAAAGUCUGCUUUCACCGGUAGUUACGAUUUGUUUAUUUUGUGAAAAGGCACUUUUCCUGUGGGUGCAGUUUAUCGAAGCCAAGGUUUUUGGCUAUCAAUUAUUGAGAGUGCAUCACAUUUUGUCUUGGCAACAGUAGUGUUAACUCAGAACAGGAAGAUUGUACUAACGUGAGCAGCAUUUUGAAAAAAAAGACUGACGGCACGUUAUCUGCAGUAAGUGGGUUUUUCCCUUAUUAACAUGGGGAACAGUGCCUUGAAAGCCCAUCUAGAGACAGCACAGAAAACAGGAGUGUUCCAGCUGACCGGGAAGGCAUUAACUGAGUUCCCUGAAGACCUGCAAAGAUUAGGAAAUCUACGAACAAUAGAUUUGUCAAAUAACAAGAUAGAGAUCUUACCACCGCUGAUGGGAAAAUUCAGCCUCCUUAAAAGCUUAUCGCUUAACCACAACAGGCUAAGCAGACUACCUGAUGAGAUAUGUAAACUGAAAAAGUUGGAAACUCUACUUCUAAGUGGCAAUCAGAUCACAUGUCUUCCAGCUGACUUUGGACAACUAUCUGCAUUGAAGACCCUAAAUUUAUCUAGCAAUCAGCUGCGAGCCGUGCCUUCACAGCUCUGUUCUCUGAGACACCUAGAUGUGGUGGAUUUGUCAAAAAACAAGAUCCAAGCUAUACCAGAUGAAGUAGCUGGCCUGCAGGCCAUAGAGCUAAACCUGAACCAGAAUCAGAUUUCCCAGAUCUCAGUGCAGGUUUCUCACUGCCCUCGUCUCAAGGUUCUUCGUCUGGAGGAGAAUUGCCUGGAAAUCAGCACUCUGCCCCAUAGCAUCCUGAGUGAUUCCCAGAUAUCACUGCUGGCAGUUGAAGGGAACCUUUUUGAAAUAAAGAACCUAAGAGACUUGGAAGGCUAUGACAAGUACAUGGAACGAUUCACAGCGACCCGCAAGAAGUUUGUAUGAAUUGGUUAAAAAAAUCUGGUUAUUUAAAUGUUCAGUUAUGACAAGUUGCCAGUCAGAUGUCUGGCUCAAGUCUGGAAAGAGAUGGCUUUAUGGGUCCACAGAUUAUUACAGCAGCAAGUGCUAAAUCUUUCACCUACAAUGGCAUGAGAGAGAAGACGUGGCAAGACCAAUCUUAAAACCGUUCUCCCCCCCCCCCCCACACACACACACACACACUUACGUUGUGAUGCUGCAAAUAAGAAUUUGCAAGGAAUCUUGUAACAGGAAUUAUUUGAAGCGCUAAACAAAUGUAUUAUAGACAGCAUAAAACCGAGCUUUAAUACAAAUCCCAUAUAACCACUACCUGUAUGCUGCAAAUGAGAGCUAAGGUAGCGAUAAAACGAGCUCUAUGCAUAUACAUUUUAUAGUCUAGAGAACUAUACCAGGAAACUAUGCAAAAAAAAAAACCAAUUUGCACACUGGUUAUUCACUACUUCUCUUUUACAUAUAUAUGUAUUAGCCAUAUAAAAACUGGUAGUCUGUUUUCACUCCAUAGACAUGCACAAAAAUAAUAAAAAUGGCUUAAUUGAAGAAUUUGUAUUAUUUUUCAAUUUCUAUGUUAAACAUUAUACAUAUACGUAUAAAUAAUACGUUUUAUUAUUUAUUUUGUAGUUUUACAAACAGGAACACCGUGAAUGCACUGCAUUUUUAAAUAUCUGCUAAUAUCUUGUAAAUUCAAUACUUGUAUUCACUUACCCUGAGAAGAAUAACCCUCUUAUGAAUAUUUUGUUUUUAAUUAUGUCUUUGUUCUCAUUUGUAAGAUUAAGCACAGUAAUGUAUUAGAAAUAAAGUUUGAAUAAGAUUCUUAA